AUGGCCGCGACCAAGGGCAAGGUCGGAGAAAAGAAGAAAGAAUCUCAUAACAUCAUAUUUCUCAGAACCAAGAAGAAUGUGGACAAGGAACAGUUGAGGUCGAUGAGUACAACAAAACCCAAGUCCAGCUUACAGACACAAGCGAGAGAAACUUUUGAAGGGCAAGGUCACACACAGGGGAAUAGCCACGACAAGGGGCAACGUCAUAAAAACGAAGUAAGCGCCACCAAGAAGAUGGAUAAAGAGAGGUCCAGCUUACAGAAUCAAGCUAAAGAAACUAUCGAAGGCCAAGAACACAAACAUAGUAAUAGUCACGACAAGGUGCAGCGUCGUAAAAUCCAAGUAAGCUCCAACAUGAAGAUGGAUAAGGAACGAUCGAGGUCGAUGAGUAUAACAAACACUAAUUCCAGCUUACCGACACAAGCGAGAGAAACUAUUGAAGGGAAAGGUCACAAACAUGGUAAUAGCCACGACAGGGGGCAACGUCAUAAAAACGAAGUAAGCUCCAACAUGAAGAUGGAUAAGGAACGAUCGAGGUCGAUGAGUAUAACAAACACUAAUUCCAGCUUACUGACACAAGCGAGAGAAACUAUUGAAGGGAAAGGUCACAAACAUGGUAAUAGCCAGGACAGGGGGCAACGUCAUAAAAACGAAGUAAGCUCCAACAUGAAGAUGGAUAAGGAACGAUCGAGGUCGAUGAGUAUAACAAACACUAAUCCCAGCUUACCGACACAAGCGAGAGAAACUAUUGAAGGGCGUGGUCACAAACAUGGUAAUAGCCACGACAGGGAGCAACGUCGGAAAAGCGAAGUAAGAAAAUCAAAUCAGAGUACAACUGAAAAGUCGUCAUACACCCAAACUGAUCCUGUAACAUUCGCCAGUUCAGAGAUGGGCAUAGAACGGGCAAGGUCGCAAAGUAUAACAAAAGUCAAAUCUAGCUUACACAAACAAUCAAAAGAAACUGUCGACGGGCGGGGUCACGAUCAUGGAAGUGGCCACGACAAAGGUCAAGGUCAGAACAAUGAAGAAAGACCCAAAAAACUGUCGACGGGCGGGGUCACGGUCAUGGAAGGGGCCACGACCAAGGUCAAGGUCAGACCAAUGAAGAAAGACCCAAAGUAG